AUGAAUAAAGAUUUUAUUUAUGCCGUUACGGUGAUGUUUUUGACUACACCCAUGGUUCCGAAAAUUCUUGAUUACUAUAUGCCACUGAAUCAAACACGGCCUCAAAUCAGUUUAUAUCAAACAGAGUAUUUUGUAGAUCCAGUGCAAUACGAAAUACCGAUUUUGAUCCAUGCAUAUAUAGUCAGCCCAUUUCCUACAACUGUAAUCGUUGCAUUCGAUUCUUUGUACGCAAACUUCGUUAACCAUGCCUGUAGUAUGUUUGUAGUUAUUGGGUAUUGUCGAAUUCUCAAAUCUACUUACAAUAGUUGUCUGUUAUUUAUUGUAAUGAUUAAUAUGUUGGCUUUAAGUAUUACAGGAUUUCAGACUGUAAUGAAAAUGAAUGAAACCGGUGAGAUGAUCAGAUUUGGCACUUUUUCGAUUGGCCAAGUUGUGCAUCUUUUCUUCCUCAGUUGGCCUGGGCAAAGAUUAUUGGACCAUAGUCUUUCUAUCCAUCAAUUAGUGUAUUCGGGUGAAUGGUAUAAUAUUUCUACAAAAACAAAAAAACUUGGGAUUUUCAUUAUGAUGCGAAGUCGAAAACCAUGCAUUCUUUCAGCUGGAAAAAUGUAUACUAUGUCAUGUGAAAGUUUCAGCAAAGUGAUCAAAGCAUCUAUGUCAUACUUUACACUUCUGACGUCUCUAAAAUAAUUUCAAUAAGAG